AUGUUUUCCCUUAGAUCCUCGAUACUAUUCACUGCCUUCGUGGCGAAUUACGGGCUUGUCAGCGCACAAUGCCCAGCAGCCUGGACGGAUGUUGCUGCUGAUCUCAAGACGAGCUUCAUAGACAGCUCUGGCAACUGCAAUGACGAUGCUCGCGCAGCUAUUCGUCUUGCCUUCCACGAUUGCUUUCCCGGUUCUUGUGACGGAUCGAUCAUUCUAGCUGACGAGUGCACCGACCGCGGCGAGAACGCUCAGAUGGUCGACAUAUGCUCAUCCCUUGGCGAUAAAGCAACACAAUUUAGCGUCGGCACUGCCGAUUUGAUCCAAUUUGCUGCUGCAUUCGCCAUAGCAUCUUGCCCGGGUCUGCCCGCGAUAUCCGUUAAGGUCGGCCGAACAGAUUCAUCUACAGCAAACCCAACAGGCCAGAUGCCUGGACCUAAUGACAACGCUACUUCGAUAGUUGCUGCCUUUGCGGCUAAGGGAUUCACAUCUACCGAGCUGGUUGCCCUUGUUGGAGCCCACAGCGCUGCUAAGGAUCUCAACGGAAACGCUCUCGACUCGACUGUUGACGAUUUGGACACCAACUUCUACACUGAGACUGCUGAUGGAACUGCCCCGGCCAGUCUCAACAGCGAUGAGUCCCUCAGCAACUCGACGGAGACCAGUGGUGACUGGAAUACUUUCGGCGCUGAUGCCUCGGCCUGGGCGGAUGCGUUCGUGCCUGCUAUGGAAAAACUGAGUCUCCUCGGCAACGACGAAGCUAGUUUGACGGAUUGCACCGACGUCAUAGCUGCUGCUUUUGCUUAA